UACAGGUGAGUCUGUCCACAGAAAAUGCCUCACACACACGGGCGAUUCCACUAUAAAAGCCGAGCGAGAUAUUCGAGUACAGUACUGCAAAUAUUUUCUGCUCCGUAUUCAGACCAUCUUCUCACCCACGCUCAUUCCAUGUCCGUCUCUGAAUAAAUCGCUAAUUCCGCCUCCGAUUUUCUCAACCCGUUGGACCUAACUUCAGAGACUCGCCCAGUCCGCGUCGCCCUUUCUCUCGCUCCCUCUCGCAUUUUCUUAGCGACGAAAACCCGGUUCCAUCAAUUACUCCUCCAAGAACCUGAGAGCUAUGCCCACCAACGAAGGCUUCCAAGCAGGUGUUUCAAAAUGCUAUGUGUUCAAGAGCCGUUUACAGGAGUAUGCUCAAAAAGUUGGACUUUCUACACCUGUGUAUGACACUAUCAAAGAAGGCCCUUCCCAUGAGCCAUCCUUCAGGUCAACUGUCAUAGUAAAUGAUGUUAGAUAUGAUUCUUUGCCAGGAUUUUUCAAUCGUAAGGCAGCAGAACAGUCAGCUGCUGAAGUUGCUUUAUUUCAGUUAGCUAAGUCUGGUGAAGUCAAUCAAAGCAUCUCUCAGCCUGUUCAUGAAACAGGACUAUGCAAAAAUCUACUUCAGGAAUAUGCUCAAAAGAUGAAUUACGCAAUUCCUGUAUAUCAGUGCCAAAAAGAUGAAACCCCAGGCCGAGUGCCUCUUUUUUCGUGUACUGUUGAGAUUGGAGGGAUUCGUUACAUUGGAGCUGCGGCAAGAACGAAGAAAGAAGCAGAAAUUAAAGCCGCUAGAACUGCUCUUUUAGCCAUUCAGUCGAGUGCAUCUCAGUCAUCUGAGAAACCCUUUGGCAACUCUCAGUUAACAGUAAUCCCAUGCAAGAAAAGGGGGACCGAAUCAGUUAUUAAUACUGAGGAGGCUGCAAAUGUUCCAAAGGCAAAGAAAGGUCGAUUUAAAAAGAAAAUGUUGAAGAAGAAACUUCCCAGAGAUAAGGCAGCAGGCAACAGUCAAGUUGAGAAUGCAGGCAAUUUGAUGUUCUUUAUGGAUAACCGCUCAGAACCCGAUCAAACUGAUGUACCUUGGAUCCAAGAAGCAAGUUUGGGAACGUUGGCUAUGGAAGCCAUGAGGAAUUCUCAAGAUGGUAGAUCAAAUGUGAGCUCAAGUGAGAAAGAAAUAUCUGCUGGGGAAUGUGCUUUGGCACACCGAGUUGAUGGAAAUUGUGAAAAUGGUCAGUCAACAGCUUCAGAUUCUAAUCAAAGCAAUAAUGGGAUUAAUCCUGAUGCAGGAACAUCUUCCACGUUUUCUGGAGAUUUGACUGUGUUCACAAAGGAGGUAAAUGAGGUAUCUGGAGUUGGAGAGGUAGCUUCAGUUGCAGACAAUUCUACCAUUGGUCAGAUAGAGGCUUCAAGCAUCCUGCCAGCUUAAAACAAUCAGAAUAGUGGAUCCAAGCGGGUGUAAACCACUCUGGAGAGAGACAGGGGGUUCGAUUGUUUGGAAAUUAUUUUGCAGUUAGGAAGAUGAAUUGAAUUGAGGGUUUUAAGAUUAGACAUUUAAAGAUUUCUGUAUCAGUUGGUCUAUGUUAAGUGCUUUUUGGGCUUUUUGUAAAUUUAAGAAUCACAACCAGGCCUCUUCAGAGGAGCCUGAAUCCCUCACACACAAAGUUCAUUCGGGUGUCUUGAACAAUUCGGUCAAGAGUUUACACAACAGCUUCGUUAGUAUGUUUUGGUAGAUUCGGAGCAUGAACAACAAAGGACUUACUGUUACACUUUAUAUUUGGGAAAAAUUAUAUUUAGCC